AUGGCUGAUAAUUGGUAUUCCAUCAUUAUUAAUGGUUCAAGGAAUGGAUUCUUUCAUUCCACAAGAGGCCUUAAGCAAGGGGAUCCAUUAUCACCAGCUUUGUUUAUCAUAGGUGAUGAAGUCCUCUCCAGGCUCAUGAACAAUCUUCAUCAACACCCCCAAUAUCAUGGUUUCCUGAUGGCUAAAAAGGGCCCUCAAAUUAAUCAUCUCAGUUUUGCAGAUGACAUCAUCAUAUUCUCAUCUGGAAGAUCUCAUACCUUGAAGCUUAUCAUGGAGACACUACAUACCUAUGAGCAUGCUUCAGGCCAAUUGAUCAACAGAGACAAGAGUAACUUCAUGGUACCCUCAAAUGCCUUCAACUCUACUGUUAGAAGAAUCAAGAAAGUUACAGGCUUCAAGCAAAAGAAUAGCCCUAUCACAUAUCUGGGGUGUCCUCUCUACAUUGGUAGACAGAGGAUCAUCUAUUAUUCUGAGCUUAUAGCUAAAGUUGUGGCUAGGAUAGCUGGAUGGCAGGCAAAGUUAAUUAGUUAUGGAGGAAGAGUUACUUUGAUUAAGCAUGUCAUCCAAGCACUUUCUAUUCACUUGUUAUCUGCUAGUUCCCCUCCUGCAACCACUAUCAAGCAAAUUCAAAGCAUCACAACCAAUUUCUUAUGGGGGUGGAAGAAUGAAAGGAGGAAAUAUCAUUGGUCUUCUUGGAAGAAUCUGAGUUAUCCCUAUGAAGAGGGUGGUAUUGGAGUGAGACUAAUAUCAGAUGUUGCCAAGUCUUUCCAAUACAAACAAUGGUGGAUAUUCAGAACUAAGAAUUCCUUAUGGAGUGAGUUCCUCAAAGCUAAGUACUGUCAGAGGUCAAAUCCUAUAACUAAAAAAUGGCAUACAGGACAGUCUCUGAUAUGGAAGCACCUCAUGAAGAACAAGCACAAUGUUGAGCCUCAUAUCCAAUGGCAGAUACAGUCUGGUUCUUGCCUCUUUUGGUGGGAUAAUUGGUUGGGAGUUGGCCCCUUAGCUAAUUUCAGGUCUGCUAGUAGUAGACAGAAUAAUACUAAGGUAUCUUCUUUCAUGAUUAAUGGUCAAUGGAAUGCAGAACUGGUCUCUCAGAAAGCACCUCCUCAGUUUGUACCUAGCAUCCUGGCAAGGACAAAAGGAGUAAGACAAGAAUUAACUCUCAAACAUGGCACAAACACAUUCCUUUUAAGUGUUCCUUCCUACUCUGGAGAGCACUUAGAGGGAAACUACCUACUAAUGAAAAGCUUAUCAGCUUUGGAGAAGCCCCAGCCCAAUGUUACUGUUGCCAUAGAGCUGGUUUGGAUACCAUUGACCAUAUAUUUGUUUCUGGAAACUUUGCCAGGAAGCUGGCCAAAGAGCUGGAAGGAACUGGUCCUUCUUGUGGAAAAAUGUACUAAUGAAGUUAAUGUUAGUACUGUCUACUGGAGGAAACCUUCAGCUCACAUGGUGAAGCUUAACACUGAUGGUAGUGCACUUCACAACCCUGGAAAAAUAGGAGGGGGAGGAUUGCUAAGGAACAAUCAAGGAGAUCUUCUCUUUGCUUUCUCAACCCCUUUUGGAGAAGGCACAAACAGCCAAUCUGAAAUAUUGGUAGCCAUCUUUGGUAUAAAUACACAGGCACCAUAUCAUCCAACUAGUGGAGGGCCAGUCAGGUGCAGGUACCCUAAGGAGCUGAUCAUGAGGAAUGAUCUCCUCCUGAAGAUAGCUUGCAACAACAUACAACUGAACAAUUCCACUAGCUGGCUACAGGUUGCUAGAUUGACUCAUCAAUAUGCACUAACAACAACUACAGAAAAGACAACACAGAUACAACCAUCAAAUCAAAUAGAAAUCCCCCUGCACAAGGCCCCUGUACAACAACUGCUGGGGAACCUUGGCAAAUGA